UUUUUUUUUAAUAGCUGUGCUAUGAGUUGUGUUUUUUUUUGUUUGUUUUAAUAGCUGUGCCACAAGGCAAUAAUAUUGAGAAAUAGUGUAUGAAACAAGGUAUGUGAUGAGUGACUUGUUUUUUGUUUUAGUUGCCAGCUUUAUAAAGAGUUUCUAAUCAGGGAAUUAUAAACCUAAGAUUCAUAUUUAAAUAUUUCCAGUAAACUUCCAUUAUCCAAAUGUAAAAUGCACUAGAAUAAUACUGCUUACAUCUUUCAUUCAGGUUCCACGCUAGCUUCCUUCUUACAGCCCUUCUCUCUUCAGAGCCAAUCGCUCUUGACCUGACACAGGUAGUGAUGAGAAAUCAUACCGCCAUAACAACAUUCAUCCUGCUGGGGUUGACAGAUGACCCAAUUCUACACAUUGUGCUUUUGAUAUUUUUAUUUCUCACCUACAUUUUGAGUGUAACUGGGAACCUGACAAUUAUCACCCUCACACUUUUAGAUUCUCACCUUAAGACUCCCAUGUAUUUUUUCCUCCGAAAUUUCUCUUUCUUGGAAGUGUUAUUCACCACUGUCUGUGUGCCCAGAUUUCUGUACACCCUGGCAACUGGAGAUAAAACGAUUACCUACAAUGCUUGUGCCACACAGAUGUUUUUUGUUGUCCUCUUUGGAGCCACCGAAUUUUUUCUCCUUGCUGCCAUGUCCUAUGAUCGCUAUGUGGCCAUCUGUAAGCCCCUGCAUUACACAAUCAUCAUGAACAGUAAGGUCUGCACUACCCUUGUUCUCUGCUCCUGGUUUGCUGGCCUGUUGAUCAUCCUCCUACCUUUUAGUAUGGGUCUCCAGCUGGAAUUCUGUGACUCAAAUCUCAUUGAUAGUUUUGGCUGUGAUACGUAUCCUGUUUUACAGAUAUCCUGCUCAGACACAAUGCUUAUAGAAGAAAUUGCCUUGGGUUUUGCCGUGGUAACACUAAUUAUUACCCUAAUUGGUGUGGUUCUUUCAUACACAUGCAUUGUCAAGACCAUUCUAAAAUUCCCUUCUGCCCAACAAAGAAAAAAGGCCUUUUCUACAUGUUCUUCUCACAUGAUUGUGGUUUCCAUGACCUAUGGCAGCUGCAUCUUCAUCUACAUCAAGCCUUCAGCAAAGGAAGGAGUGGCCCUUAAUAAGAUGGUGUCAAUGCUAGCCACUUCUGUUGCCCCUUUGCUUAACCCAUUCAUUUAUACACUUCGAAACAAACUAGUCAAAGAAGCCUUCAAAGACACUGUUAAAAAAAUUGCAUUUCUCACAAAGAAGUAA